UUCUACUCGAGGGGCUAAUUUCUCCCAACCUGGAGAAUUUCUAAAGGAGAGGGACUAAAUAGUCUUACUAUUCGCCCCUGAUGGUUGUACGUUACCAUGUCGCGGCGCAAGCAAUCCAAACCACAGCAUAUCAAUUCAGACGAGCCCGCUUCGACAGAAAAUGGGAUCUUGCACAACAGUCAAGGUGAGGAGGAUGGCAAUGAGGCUAAGAGACGACGAUCAGAGGAGACGAGGGUUUGCGACAAAUGUUGCGCGGAGUUCUUCGAUGAGGCAGAGUUUCUCGAACAUGAGAGAAAUUGCACUAAGAGUCAGCAGGUGGUGAUCAUGAAAGAUGGCGAUGGGAAUGAAGUGCCCUCCGAGUUCUCCCAGCAUUCUCCGGGUGAGUUCCUGGGUGAUAAUGGGGAUCAGUCAACCAGUAAUUCCCAUUCAAAGCACAGUGCAGAUUCUGAGGAGAUGGAAGGAGAGCUCAUGCUGAACCAGAAUGACCCCUCAAAUCAAGAUCAAGAUGUGUCUGGUAGUUCAGAUGUGGGGUACAUGAUAUCUUCCAAAUUGCAAGACUCUAAUGUGACUCUUGAGUCCAUGGCUGCUACUAAAGUUGCUGUAACGCAACACUCAUCCAGUUCGUCCAAUCAGAAGUCUCCACAACCACACCAAGAUGCCCUUCUUGCAAUCCCAAUGAUCCUGGAACAGCUGGUCGGUCUCCAGCAGCAGCAACUGCAGCAGAUCCAACUAACUGAGCAGAUACGCCUCCAAGUGGCCAUGAUGACACCUCAGAGCUUCCACUCCGCACUGGGUGCCGCUGUGGAUCCACUGAAAGCACUGGGUGCGCAUCUAUCACAGCAGCUUUCGGCCGCAGCUGCCCUCAUUGGCAAACGGCCGGGCUCCCAGAACUUGUCCUUGGAAGCCUUAAAACAAGCAAAGCUACCUCAAUCAGCCACCAUCCCCACAUCCCUCGCUGGAGGUUUGGGCUCAGUGCCCUUAAAAGCAGACUUGAAAGGACUCCCCGAUUUAGCUAGUCGACUUCCAGCGCUCCUUCCUCAAUCUCCAGGGGUCAUGGGAUUGCAGAGUCCCUUUAAUACCCUUGCAGCAAGCAUGGAUCCCUCUAAAAAGGCAAAAAAUAAGAUCCCUGCUGUGUCUGAGUCUAAAAAUGGCUCUGGUGAACAUAUGCUCAAGCACAAAUGCAAGUUCUGUGGGAAGACAUUUGGAAAUGACAGCGCUCUCCAAAUCCACUUGCGCUCACACACUGGCGAAUCUCCUUCAGGGUCUGGAGAAAUGGAUUACAAGAACGGCUGCAGUCCGGCUGUGUCAGAUUCCAUGUCCUUUCACUCUUCGUCCCCUAUAGAUGGUCCCCUGAGUAAUGGACAGUCAAAAUCACCAGAAUCCACAAACCCAGACGAUGUACUCCAAUCCAGACCAGACUCUGAUGCACCUCAAGAUUUUAGCGAAAACAGUGGAGCACUGGACUUGACGUCAAGUUUUACCCCGAAACCAAUCAAAGAGGAGCCAGGCCUGUCCUUCUCCAGUGGCGAAUAUGGUUCUAGUCAGUUACCAUUCAUGAGGGUGCCUCCAAGUCUGGUCAAACUGGAGAUGCAGAUUCCUCCUGAGACACCCAUGGGUGCUCACGGCCUGUACAGCUCCCAGCUGCCCCAAGGAGCUGCCACUUCUCCUGCUACUUCUAGUGCUCCUCGUCGCUCCACCAAGCAACAUCUCUGCAACUCCUGUGGGAAGAACUUUUCAUCUGCCAGCGCCCUGCAAAUCCAUGAACGUACACACACGGGCGAGAAGCCGUUCGGUUGCACAAUUUGUGGCAGGGCUUUCACAACAAAAGGAAACCUUAAGGUGCAUGUUGGGACCCACAUGUGGAAUAACACAGCAAGGCGAGGUCAACGGCUCUCGUUGGAUAACCCAAUGGCUUUGAUGGCCAUGGGCGCCGAGUCCCAGAUGAAACCAGACCUGCUGCCGCUCCCAAAGGAUUUGAUUCCCCCGCCGAUUAAUUUCGACCCGUCGAUGUGGAACCAGUACGCCGCUGCCUUCACAAACGGGCUGACCAUGAAGACCAAUGAGAUUUCGGUCAUCCAAAAUGGCGGCAUCCCUCUCACAGGAAGUCUCGCUGGAGGACCUUUAUUGGGUUCUACUGGGGGAAUAACCAAGAUGGAGACCUCUCAGAUGGGCAUCCCUGGCACAAUGGCAGAAAUGGAAAAGAACGGUUCUGACAGCAUAGCAAAGUUUCCACAUUUUAUGGAGGAGGGUAAAGUGAGUUAGACUGUAAAAGGACUACAGAUGUUCCCAAUCAACGGUCUGCAUUGUGCUAAUGAGCCUGCUGAAAUGUUAGGAACUGGGCUAUUUAUUAGUUGGUACAAUCAAUUCAUACAUGUAACGUUGCAAAUUUACAUACCCUUGUUAAAUUAGCCUAUACCCUAAAAUGGGCCAUGCCUUCCUUAUUGGACCCUUACAUGCUAUCGAUUUCUUUAGUUGAAUCUGAUCUAACUACUGUAGUUUUUUUUUUUUUCUUUUCUUCUCCUUUCUCUCUCUAAUAUAUGCGGGUAUUUUGUCAGUUUUAUUUCUAGAAGUUGAAUGUAAGUCUUACUUGAAAUAGCUUUAUUCCAGAGCAGUCUCAUUAGUGAUCGUUACAUUGGGCUCAGCUCUUUGACCCUCAGGAUGAUCUCAGCCACAGGUGACCAGAGAUCUCAAUGUUUUAACCAUCAACAUCUUGUUCAUCUCUGCUUGACUACUCAUGGUCCUGUUGUUAGUUGUUCGAAUAAACUUUUAUUAGUCAAAAAUAAUAUCCAUGGCAUAGAUGUCAUACAACAAAGGUGUUUGUGGAAUACGUGCCUAGAUAAAUUGACCGUUCCACACAAUCUACUGAAGAUUACAGUUUAAUUGAUGGACUUAAUGAGUAGUUGUAGUAUAGGUUUGUUUUGAAACUGGAUUUCACUAAGUUAUUAUUUUUUUUUUUUUGACUCUAUAUAGUUUCUAUUUUGCGCUUAAUACCAAAAAUGAUUUUGCUAAGUGCCUGUCUUGGAGUGCUUUUCUCGCUCCUCUGUAUUUUCCUCACCCCUCGCCCUCACAAAAGACACCACAGGAUUGUAAUAAAGGCCUUUCUUUUAUUUAGACCACAAUAUGCUAUAUUUUUUGCAUUUAGCUAUAGCUUUUUCAAGAAGUCAUUAAUUGUUCUUUUUUUGAAAGUGAUUUAAUUUUGUCGUUUUCUUGCUUUCAGUGAUCUUUAUCAAAUAUUAGAUUGAGUCGCUUUCAUUUGAGACCUUUUUAAUAGGAGGUCAAAAGGCCGGUAUAAUAUUGAAAUGCCUAAUCAUUCCUUGCACUUUAUUUUUCCUCAUUCUACUAAGAUCUGAUAUAAACCAGGCGUAUGCCAUUUAUUCUAUGAACGUUUGUUUCUUGGGCUCGUCAUUUAGAGCUCAUUUGCUUGCUUGCUGCUGUUUUAGGACCCAGAGAGUUUUAGAAUUCUGUAAAUUUGCCAUUUACCAUGCAUUUUAUACUUGUGAGCUAAGCAGGCAUGCAUAUCUUGUCCCAAAACAUCAGCAGUCAUUCUUAUUCUGGGAAAAAGUCAUUGUUUGCUACCCAAUUAUGUAUUGUGGGGAAAUGUUUUUGAGAUCGUAGCCAUGCAUUCUUGAGUUAAAGGAAUGAACGUGUGUAUGCACGCAGAGUAUCUAAACCGUAAAGACUUUACGCUGGUCAAAUUUCUACCUCAUUUAGAAUAUAUUUUUUUUUUGUUUUUUUUUUUGCAUUGUGUUUGGAGUUAUGGUUGCCUUUUGCCCCCGUAACCUGCUGAUUUCUGUAAUAUAAUGAAUGUAUCGCCAGACACUUUGCACAACACUUGUUCAAAAUAGGCAGACUCCUCCUGUACAUUCUCUUUCUAAUAUGCAUUUACCAAGUUGUGCCUUUUUUCUAGAUGUAAAAAAAAAAAAA